GUGGGACGCGCGGAGCUGAGCGGCGCCCAGAGCCCCGGAGCGGGCAGCGAUGCUCCGAGCGCCGAGCCGCCGCAGGCGGGGCUCCUUUAACGGCCGCUUACCUCAGCCGAGCGGGACGACCCUCAGCCGGGAGCCGUUUGGCUGCUGGCAGCAGCGGUAAACGCAGCUCCUGAUCUCGGUGCUACGUGCAGCCUCCAAUAAGCCCGUUUUUACUUCGGGGCGUAACGCGACGGCGCUGCGCGCUCCCCGUUGUGCCGGUAAGGCGGCGGCGGCGGGCGGGAGGACGGCGCUUCCAUAGCGAUGCGCUGCUGUGCGAGGGGUGCGUGAGGAGCUGCUGGGUUUGACUCAGGCUUUUGGGGCACGGUUUUGCUGGCAGCGAAGCCCGAAGGAUGUUUACCCAGUCAAAGUGGCAAUUUCAGUUUAUUGGAAGGCAGAGCGUUUAUCUGAAGAACCGUGGGGCUGCGAUUGCUCAUCCCGGCACUUACGACUCACCUACAGACUUGGCUGCUGUCAGCGUGUUGGUGUGAAGCUGAGGUGCUGCAGCAAAACGUUUCCAUCCGAAGAACCCGAGGAUUCAUACCCGUUUGUACGAACCUAUAGGAAAAUCUCGGUUCGGGUCAGUGGAAGAGAACCCACGUCCUCAAUAACGGGAGUGCUGCCUCCUCCUACCAUCUGCACUGUGGACAUCGGAUCUGGAUUCUCAGCAGGGUUUCCCUGCACUCCAUCUCUCCUCGCUGUUCAUUGGUGUGUCCUUAACUCCAUCUCCUUGGUACUCUCACAGCUGUAGGCUGCCCCAUCCGAAUGUGUGCCACAGCAGUUUGCCACUGGAGAGGUGAGAGCAAUCCACCUGCAAAAGGAACUGGUAAAAGGUGAUCAUUUCUGUGUAGGGAACAAAAUGCAAUUUGCAUGGAUUGUACCUGCCACAAUUUGUUUGCUGAUGUACUUCACAGCAGAAGCAUGCAGUAAAGGAAACGUGUCUGCCAGCAAACUUCCCCACAGUGUUGCAGAAGUAUGUGAAAAAGGAAACAUGACUGCUAACACUGCUGCUCAUGUCCAGCCUGGAACCAACGUUGCCCUCUCCUGCCAGCUAAAACAACUGAAAUACAGCGAGCAGUGCAAGAUAGCUCUUUUCUUUAACGGUUCUGAACUGACAAGCAGUUAUGGCACUUCAGUAAGCAACACGUUUCCAGUCAAUACGUAUGGCAAACACAUGUUUACCUGCAAAAUCGAUUGUGAAUACAAGAAAAAACUCAUUUGUGGAAUUGAUAUCGAAUCUGGAAACCCUCCAGAUCAGCCAAGAAAUGUGUCGUGUAUCCAGUAUGGGACAGAUGGCAACCUUACCUGCACCUGGGCCAAAGGAAGGUUUACACACAUGAACACUACAUAUGUGAUACAGCUAUCAGAUGGGACUGACACCUUGUGCUUUUCAGAAGAAAGUCUGAGUAACAACUUCGGCUCGCUGGUUCUGAGCACAAAGUUGAAUUUUGAAUCUACUUACAGACUUGUGGUUGUCGCCUCCAACAAACUAGGAAGUGCUUUUUCACAGCCACUUAUGUUCAUGCUAAUAGACAUAGUGAAACCACAUCCUCCAAACUUUUUAGUGGAAUUUGAAAAUUCUGCAACAAAUUGCACGUUGUUCUGGCGCAGUGAAGUCCAAGGGCAGCACUGCAGAGUGAGAUACCGUCCAGUUAGCAGUUCCACCUGGAACAUGGUUGAAAGUUUAGAGAGUGAAAAAUGCAAUCUUCAUGGCCUGGAGCCUCAUACAGAGUAUGAAUUUCAAGUGAGCUGUAAAAUUCAUCCUGAGAGGGGACUGUGGAGCAACUGGAGUGCAAUCCAAUCCCAGACUCCAGAAGCAGUGCCUACUGGGCUCUUAGACGUCUGGUACAAAAAGCAGGAUAUAGACUCUCAAAUGCAGAACAUUUCUCUUUUUUGGAAGGCUUUGCAGAAGUCGGAGGCGAGAGGAAAGAUCCUGCAUUACACAGUGACCUUAGAAGCACUAAGCCACGGGGAGCCCAAAGCAAUAGAAACAAAUGUGACCACACAAACCAGCUACACCAGAGUCACUCCAAAGAUGGACUACAAGAUAACAGUCACUGCUGAUAACUCGAGGGGAAGCUCACCUCCUGCAUCCAUCCUGACCAACCUGAGCAUCCAAGAUUUACCCUCUCCUCGGAACGUCUCUGCUGUGGCAGUGGGAAAUAACAGCAUCUUGGUCAGCUGGAAACCUCCCAUUAAAUCCACUGCAUCCAUCACCGGGUACGUUGUGGAAUGGAUAAACACCCAUAGGAAGAGCAGCCUGGAGCCCCAUCCAAGCUGGAUAAGACUUGUUGCAUCCAAUCUGUCUAUAGUGAUACCAGAGCACAUAGAAGACAACGUGUGCUAUCACAUUAGUGUGUUUGCACUGUAUCAGGACAGAGCUGGGCAAGUGAAAUCAGUGAGGGGAUACUCGAGAGGAAAAGCACCAUCAGCUGGGCCACAAGUGUACACAAAGCCACAGGCAAACGGCAUCUUGGUUUGGUGGGAAGAAAUCCCUUCCCACCAGCAGAUGGGCUGCAUCACACAGUACAAUAUAUACCUGCAAAAAAAGCACAGUAAUGUGGAUCCUUACGUCUACGCCAUUCGUAAUACGACAUCCCAGCAUUCGUUUUACAUCACAGAUCUACAGCGUGGGGAGUAUUACGACCUGUGGAUGACAGCACUGACAGAUGCUGGAGAAAGCCCCUGGGGAAACAGAGAGCUGGUCUGCUUGGAAAGUGCUGUGGACUGGAUUAUUGUGCUCACCUGCAGCUUCUUCAUACUCUCAGCCUGUAUUUGCUCCCUGCAUCCUGCAAGAAAACUAUUGCUCUUGCUCUUUUCUGCCACUGUACCUCAGUGGUACAACAAAGCCAUUCCAGAUCCAGCUAAUGCUACGUGGGCUAGGAACGACAAGUCUAUGAAGCAGGGUGAGCUGAGCGUGCCCUCCAGUCUGCUCCUGCACAACACCAGCGGUUUUGAAGAGCCUGAAACAACAGAAGUAGAGGAAAGCUUCGUGCAGACGGACUGCCAGGUUUUUCAGGACAGGCUCAUCUUCAGCAGCAGCAAUCAUGACUGGCCACUGGAAAGCAGCUUUGAGAAGCAGGACUCGGAGUACAGGCCUCUGCCCAGCACCACAGAUGGAGACAGUUACGAGCAUCAGCUUCCCGACUUGUACAAGAAGCUGGUGCUGGAAGUGACAGAGCAAACACAAACCGUUUCUGAGUACAUUGCUAAUCCAGCUACUGACAGAGCCACAGCUUACCUGCCCUCAGCCAUCUCCCCACUUGUCACAGACACUACUGAAGAAGACCCUGAACUUGAGUACAAUCCCAUCUCUGUCUUCUCAACAACUUUUUUGCCACCAGAAUUUUCCUAUGGAGGGAAACUUAAUUUGGACACGGUGAGACUGAACUAGCUCCUUCACAAGGUAGGCUCAGUGCCUCCACAGCAGGGCACCCACAAAGAGGCCGUGCACUACAUCACAGUGCUGCCCUCGAAAGCAGCUUGA